AUGAUUGUUGUUCUCAUCUAUGUGGAUGAUGUCAUCAUCACUGGAAAUUGUCUAACUAAAAUUCAAGAAGUCAAGACAAAACUUGAUCGUGAGUUUAGCAUUAAGGAUCUUGGAGUCUUAAAAUACUUCUUGGGGAUAGAGGUUGCGAGAACUGAUGAUGGCUUGGUUUUAUGUCAACGAAAGUAUGUGCUAGACAUCUUAAAAGACAGUGGCAAACUUGGUUGCAAACCAAGCUCAUUUCCUAUUGAGCAUGGGCUGAAACUGGAUAAAGGGGAAAAGGAACAAGGCGUUGAUGCUAACCAAUAUCGACGUUUAAUUGGAAGACUUCUAUAUCUUCAAGCAACAAGGCCGGACAUCACGUAUGCAGUAAAUGUUCUAAGUCAAUUUGUUGCAGAUCCAAGGAGUGUUCAUUUAGAAGCAGCUAAUCGUGUUCUUCGUUACCUCAAAGCCACACCGGGUCAGGGCAUUCUCCUUACUCGCGUGGGUGAUCCUGUUUUAACAGCUUAUUGCGACUCUGACUCGUUGGGUUGUCCUUACACUAGACGAUCUCGCACUGGUUAUAUCCUCUUGCUUGGGGGGAGUCCAAUAUCUUGGAAAACGAAGAAGCAAUCAGUAGUGUCACGGUCUUCUGCAGAAGCUGAAUAUCGAGCAAUGGCCUCUACUGUUAGUGAAGUUCUCUGGGUACGUUGGUUAUUAACCGAGCUUCAGGUUCCCGUUCCAUCUGCUACUUCUUUGUUUUGUGAUAAUCAAGCAGCACGACACAUUGCAAACAAUCCGGUUUUCCAUGAACGUACUAAGCAUGUCGAGAUGGACUGUUAUUUUGUUCGUGAACGUGUUGAAUCCAGUGAAGUUGUUCCAAUGCGAGUUAGUAGCAAGUUUCAACUAGCUGAUUUACUCACUAAGGGUCUUCCUACACAGCAGCAUCAAUUCCUUCUUGACAAGAUUGGCAUGACCAAUUUGCAUGCUUCAUCUUGA